AUGGCCGAUACAAAAGAUCAAAUAAAAAUCAAGUUCUUAACUAAUGAAGAAGAUCAAUCAUUACAUGUUUCAGAUUCACCUUUAUAUGUUCCUGUUUCAUUAAAAAGAUUUGGUUUAUCAGAAAUUGUUAAUCAUUUAUUAAGCAAUUUCAAAGACGAAGAUGAAUCGAAACCAAUACCGUUUGACUUUUUAAUAAAUGGACAAUUAUUAAGAACUAGUAUUCAAGAUUAUUUAACUAAAAAUGGGUUAUCAAAUGAAGCUUUUAUCACAUUAGAAUAUACCAGAGCCAUAUUACCACCAUCAUUCCUUGCAUCUUUUAAUAAUGAUGAUUGGAUAUCAUCAAUUGAUUCAAUAAAUAAAAACUCACCAGCUGUUAUAAACUCACAAUUAGCAAUAACACAACCUAAAAUAUUAUCAGGCUCUUAUGAUGGUAUAGUACGUACUUAUAAUAUGUCAGGGAAAGUUGAAUCUCAAUAUAUAGGACAUUCGGCCCCCGUUAAAUCAGUUAAAUGGAUAUCUCCAACCAGAAUAGUAUCAAGUGGUAAUGAUAUGCAAUUAAGAUUAUGGAAAACAUCAUAUGAAAAUAUAAAAAAUGAUGACGAAGAGGAAAUAGAAGAUGGUAAGACAUUGGCUAUACUUGAAGGUCAUAAUGCGCCAGUUGUAAAUUUAUCAGUUCACAAAAAUAGAAUAUUAUCAGCUGGUUAUGAUUGUCAAAUUGGUGUUUGGUCAACUAAUUAUAAAGAAAUGAAUAAUAUUGAAGUUAAAGAAUAUAAUGAUUUGUCUACAUUUUCCAAGAAACGAAGAAAAAUGGCAUUACAAGAUUCUACAGUAAGACGUAAAUCUCCAUUAUUAAUGUUACAAGGUCACAAUGAACCUGUAGAAGGUGUUAUAUUUGAUGAUAAAGAUUCUACAGUUGGUUAUUCAGUAUCACAAGAUCAUACUAUAAAAACUUGGGAUUUAAUAACUUCAAAAUGUGUAGAUACAAGAACAACAGGUUAUUCAUUAUUGAGUAUAUUACAAAUACCUUCAAAAAAUUUAAUUGCAUCUGGUUCAUCAGCUCGUCAUAUAAAUUUACAUGAUCCAAGAACAAGUACUGAAAAUUCAAAAAAUAUAAAUUCAAAAUUGAUUGGUCAUACUAAUUUUGUAGUAAGUUUAUCAAUGUCACCAAAUAAUGAAAAUAUGUUUAGCUCUGCAUCUCAUGAUGGUACAGUUAAAGUAUGGGAUAUAAGAUCUGAGAAAUCAUUGUAUACAAUAACAAGAGAAGAUGAUUCUGUAAAGAAUAAAAUAUUUGAUGUUUGUUGGGAUAAAGAAAUUGGUAUAAUAAGUGGUGGUGAAGAUAAAAAGAUACAAAUUAACAAGAAUAUAGAUUAA